AUGAUGAGAAACCGUACAAUAACAACAUUCAUCCUGUUGGGACUGACAGAUGACCCACAACUGAAGGUUUUAAUUUUCAUAUUUUUAUUUCUCACCUACAUAUUGAGUGUCACUGGGAACCUGACCAUUAUCUCCCUCACGUUCAUAGACUGCCAUCUUAGAACAGCCAUGUACUUUUUUCUCCAAAAUUUCUCCUUCUUGGAAAUCUCAUUCACAACUGCUUGUAUUCCCAGAUACUUGCACAACAUAUCAACUGGUGACAAAAUUAUUACCUAUUAUGCUUGUGCUGUUCAAAUAUUUUUUACUUACCUUUUUGGUAUAACAGAAUUUUUUCUUCUGGCCACAAUGUCCUUUGACCGCUAUGUGGCCAUCUGUAAACCUCUGCAUUAUGUGACUAUCAUGAAUAACAGAGUCUGCCAUAGACUAACGAUCAGCUGUUGGAUGACUGGCUUGUUAAUCAUAAUUCCCCCACUUAGUUUGGGCCUUCAUCUGGAAUUCUGUGACUCUAAUGUCAUUGAUCAUUUUUUCUGUGAUGCUACUCCCCUUUUAAAGAUCUCGUGCUCAGAAACAUGGCUCAUAGAGCGAAUGAUUUUAGUGUGUGCUGUGUUGACUUUCAUCAUGACCCUUAUGUGUGUAGUUCUGUCUUACAUUUAUAUCACCAUGACAAUUCUAAGAUUUCCCUCUGCAAAACAAAGGAAAAAAGCUUUUUCUACAUGUUCUUCCCACAUGAUUGUGGUUUCUAUCACCUAUGGCAGUUGCAUCUUCAUUUAUAUUAAACCCUCAGCAAAAGAAGAGAUAGCUCUUAAUAAAGGGGUUUCCUUGCUAGUUUCUUCUAUUUCACCUAUGUUGAAUCCAUUUAUUUAUACCCUGAGAAACAAGCAAGUGAAGAAAGCCUUUAAUGACUCAGUCAAAAGAAUUGCAUUGUUUUCAAAGAAGAGAAAAGGGGAGCUGAUCAAUUAA